AUGUCGACCAAUAACCCAUCACUUUGCUGGCCUCGGUCAUCUUCCGUUACCUUCUCUCCACAUCCACGCGUGAUGGGAAGAUCAACAUGCAGGCCAGCGACAGUCCCCUUCGACGACCAGGCGUUUUCCCGCAGUACUGGGCUUCUUCAUCUUUCUUUGCUGCUUGCUUGGGUUAUCUCUCCGGAUACAGCUCUGGUUAGCGACGGUGCUGGCGUGCACCUCCCGCCAUUAGAUACCAAGUUAUCUCCCUUUGCUGGCUUGGAUGAUUUCCUUUAUCAUCCUCCUCGUCCAGAUUUGAUGAGGCAACUAUCAUCUCUCAGGUAUGUACCGACGUCAAUCUUGUCGAUCGACUUCGCUGACUUGAACAAGCAACACGACGGAGCUUCUCCGGAAGAAUCUCCGGAGCCUUUCAAGCCCUUCCACCGCAGCCAAACACAAGAUGAUACUCUUGACUUCUCGAUCUCUCUUCCUGCUUGGAGCAUCUUACCGUUAUCGUGCUGA